GUGGCUCGUAGAUGUCAACAACGAUCAUGUCAAAAUUCGUCGCAUGCAUCACAACCAAGAAAAACACGACGAAAACACACUGUGGCACCUCUGCAACUCAUUGUAAUCGUAAGCAGUCUCUUGGUACCUUGACGAGGCUGAUUUCCCUGUCGUAGCCGUAUAAUCACCGAGAGAACAUCUUAGACAGAGUCCUUUUUGUUGCUCGCGACUCUUUUCAUACAGCAUCUUAUCUCUGCCGUACCGCUGUCAGAUGAUAGUCGAAGCACUCAGGGCUUGGGCCUUGUUCUGUCGAAGGGUUCUACGGUUGAAGCAUGAGGGCCGGUGCUCCCGAGAUGCAUAUCUAAGAAAGCGAGUUCAAAGGUAGUUUGCCAACAGCCUCCAGUCCUCGUCCUGCAACUUAUCGCCCGUCAUGGAUCAAGUCACAUUGUCUUCUGCCAAAUUGCCCCCGCCCUUUGUUCACUUAGACGGCAUAGACAACGUCCGCACGAUACACAAAUCUUCCCAUGUCAAGAUCAGACCCUACAUUGUCUUUCGCGGCGCCGAUCCUAUAAACAUAACAGCAAUGGGGAAAAGGCAGCUUAUUGGACAUCGAAUUACCACCAUAACUGACAUGCGCUUAGACCGCCCACACGGUCUUGUUCUCAACAUCGAGGGCGUCAAAUGGGUGUACGUUGAGCGAGAAGAUGACCUGCCUGAAGAACAAACUUAUGCAGAGAUUGCUGAGAGGCUAAGGGGUUUCGAAACGGUCCCUCUAGAAGCCUUCAUCGUUGCGUACGCCGCCAUACUACAACAAUCGGGAAAUGUCUUCAGUAAUUUCUUCAAACACCUCAGGGAUAGGCCCAACCAACCAGUCUUGGUCCACUGCUCCGCUGGGAAGGACAGGACAGGGUUAGCGAUAACUCUGCUUCUAAUGCUACUCGGUGUUCCCGAUGAAGACAUCAUCAAAGACUACGCUCUUUCGAACGUUGGCCUAGAGUCUGCAUUACCGAGGAUGAUAGCAGAGUUUGAAGCUCGUAACCAGGCAUAUAUAGACCACCCUAAAGGUUUAAGGAUCUUCCUCAGCGCACUGCCUGAAACCAUCACUGCGAUUCUGCGUUGCGUGCGAGAUGUGUUUGGUGGAGUAGAGAAUUAUUUCAAGGAGCAUAUGAAAUUGAACAGUGCAGAUUUGCAUAAAAUUCGCCAGAAUUUGCUUCUGCCUUCAUCAGCAAAUUCGGGCAACCGUGACAGCCACAAUGAUUUGUAGAUUCUAUCGAAACAGCUUGAAAAUUAUAUAAUAAAUAGUCUUGUCAU